UGCCACGUCAAGCUGAAGGUGCUGAAGAUCCUGCUGCACACGUGCACCCAGGGCUCCCCCCAGUUCGUCCUGCAGCUGAAGAGGAACGCCUGCUUCAUCCGGGAGGCGGCAGUGUUCACUGGGCCCCCAGACCCCCUCCACGGCAACAGCUUGAACCAGAAGGUCCGGGCGGCCGCACAGGUGAGUGCUGGCCCCGUUCCCCCUGUGCCAGUGUUCACUGGGCCCCCAGACCCCCUCCACGGCAACAGCUUGAACCAGAAGGUCCGGGCGGCCGCACAGCUCUGCCUCCCAGACCCCUGUCGCAGGACCAGGCUGGGGCGCCCAGCUCUCUGCCCACCUGCCCUGCCACUGCCUCCUGCGGGCAUGGGCUCCAGCCCCAGCCCCUACGGCUCCUUGCAAGGAUUUGGCUUCAGCAGUGAGAAAAGCGGCUCUGGUAAGUCCUGGCUGUGCCCUCACCUGGUGCUGCCUCUCACCCCACAUGGGUCCCCUGCUCGGUACCGCCCUGACUGCGUGCCGCGACACCCCAGCCCUGGGGGUCCUGCCUGGGCUUACCAUCUGAGGGGUGCUGGGGCUGGUGGCACAGCCGCGGGGCGGGCGCCUGUCAGGGCCCCCUCUCCCACCAGGAGCCUGGCCAGGGCUGUGAAGCCCCCAGCAGCUGCUGCAACGCACAGCACCCGAGUGAGCCACCAGCCAGGACUGGCUGGGGGUGGCUGGGAGGAGGCAGGGAGCGGGCACAGCUCCCAGGACUCCUCGCAGGGGAACGGCGAGUUGAGCCGCACCUCGGACUCCUGCAGCAAAUCCGGCAGCGACAGCCACUCCGGGGCCAGCCGGGAGCUGACCCAUGCGGCUGAGAGGGUGGAUGCUGACGGCCUGGGUGACUGCGUGCGGGAAGUGAGCCUGGUGUCGGCGCUGACCCAUGGCGCCAGGGUCUUCCUCACCAGGGAGGAAACACAGCACUUCGUCAAGGAGUGCGGGCUGCUGAACUGCGAAGUGGUGCUGGAGCUGCUCAGCCGGGCGCUGGAGGACCCCAGUGACAGCGUCCGCAUGAGAUCCAUGUGCGCCAUCUCCUCCUUCAUGUGCUCCGACCUGCUCUCCCUCGACCAGAUCUUUGCUGUGACUCGGGAGCACCUGCAGCAGCUCAGCCAAGGCAGCCCCGGCCCCGUCACCAACCGAGCAACAAAGAUCCUGCGGCAGUUCGAGGCACUCUGCAGAGGCCAGCCUUCCCCGAAGAGCCCACGCCGGGACUUGGACCCCUCUGCCCUUGCCGUGGGCUCAGCCCCGUGCACCGGGGACCUGCUGACGGACAUCCCACCCCUGGCCGGCGAGAGCAUCCUCACCCCCCUGAGCGCAGCCCCGCUCUCUGUGGCUGCCCCGGCCUGCAGUGAGGGAGCCGCGGACACUGCCCCAGCCCCAGGACAGACAGACUGA